UUUCAAGUUGUCUCCACGAGUUUCUUAGGCCAUGACAGGUUCUAUAGAUCAUCAAAUGACUGCUCCAACAUUUCCAAGCCUUUGUGUGAUCACUAGAAAUUAGAGCACCCCUUGUGGUUGAGAAACUUGUUUCAAGGUAUCUGAGGCCAUUAAGGUGUUGCUAACCAACGCGCACCUAUUAUGGUGUAACACCGAAUUGGUCACUCCCAAACAACCGUAAAGGGUGGCCGGGAGCGCUCAAUAUUGAAUUCCCAGUUCACCACUUUACUGCAGUAGCCUUUAUGGCUCUUCCACCUCCCACAAAGCCGGAAGAGGAUCCUCGGAAACUGAUUGAACCGACCGUUGGGUAGAACAUGCACGCCAAGUGUUCGACGUUUUGCCUCACCCAGACUCUCACCUCUGUUAUUUCACAAUGUACAAGAAACCCACCUUAGCUCGCUUUCACCAACUUCUCAAAACCCCAUUUCAGCAAACACCUUGUAUGUGGGUCUCAGUAAAGCACAGACACAGCGGAGGAAGAAGACCCAAGAAGAGAGUCUACCACAGGGACCAUGACCUUGACAAAGCCAUGGACUUGCGGAAGAAGCCUGCCUUGAUUUUACAGCUCAAAUCCAUUAUUCAGUCACACAAGCACCAAUCUUUACUUCUCAGGGACCUCGAGAAGGAAGUUGGGUUUGUUCACAAGUGGAAUUUCAUGGCUGUUAUAGAGAAAAAUCCUUCAAUUUUCUAUGUUGGUGGUGGCAAUAGAAUGCCCCCUUUUGUUCAGCUCACUGAAAAAGCUGAAAGGGUUGCUAGGGAACAAGCUGAAGCUAAGCAGUUGAUGGAACCCAUUUUGGUUAAGAAUCUAAGGAAAUUGUUAAUGUUGUCAGUUGAUUGCAGGGUUCCACUCGAAUCGAUUGAUUUCGUUCAAUGUGAAUUGGGUUUGCCGGAUGAUUUCAGAAAGUCAUUGAUUCCAAAGUACCCUGAAUUUUUUUCAGUUAAGGAUGUCAGUGGAAGAGCCUAUCUUCAUUUGGAGAAUUGGGAUUCUUCCCUAGCAGUCACAGCUCGUGAGGAACGAUUAGCUAGUGAUGGGAUUGUGGCCUCUGAUGGAGUGGGAAAGAAUUUUAGAAUAUCGAAAGAUGGUAAUUUUCGAGGUCCACAAGCCUUUACAAUGAGGUUUCCUGCUGGUUUUAGGCCAAAUGCAAGUUAUCUUGAGCAACUUGAAAAGUGGCAGAAACUCGAAUUCCCUUCUCCGUAUUUGAAUGCAAGGAGGUUCGACAUUGCUGAUACUAAAGCAAGGAAGCGAGUGGUGGCAGUGCUUCAUGAGCUCCUCAGUUUGACUAUGGAGAAGAGGAUGACAUCUGCUCAAAUGGAGGCAUUUCAUUCAGAGUAUUUCUUACCUUCCAAAUUGCUGCUUUGUUUGAUAAAGCAUAAUGGUAUCUUUUACAUAACUAAUAAAGGUGCAAGGAGUACUGUUUUUCUUAAAGAAGCUUAUGAUGGGCCAAAUUUGAUGAACAAAUGUCCCAUCUUGUUAUUCAAUGAUAAAUUUGUAGGACUUAGUGGUAGGAGAGAGAUCAAUUCAUGUAAUGUGAUGCCUUCUUUAUAGAUUUAUCUUGAAAGUGUAGAUGUGGUUUGUUGUUAGUAUCAAUUAUGUAUUGCUAUACAUUCAUUAUAGAUUCUUCUGGAAAAUGUUGAUUUUGUCUUA